AUGGCGGCGGAAGACAACAAGCACGCUUUGGAAGAGCGGGAUACCACCUCCUCUAACCCACCUGGAUCCAUCAAGGAGAAAGCAAUGGAUGGGGAUGAAAAGUACGACGAGACUUUCCAAAAGGAAAUCAUCGAUGUCGAACCUAUUCAUGCACACGAUGAAGACGACGACAACUCGCCUAUCGAAGAAGUGAGAUUGGUGGUGCCAACAACGGAUGAUCCCACCAUGCCCGUGAACACUUUUCGUAUGUGGUUUUUAGCCAUUGCCUUUGCCGUGGCGCUUUCUUUUGUCAAUCAAUUCUUUUGGUAUCGUAAAAACGCAAUGAGUCUGACACCUUUGGUGGUGCAGCUGGUAUCAUUCCCUCUUGGCAAGAUCAUGGAAAAGAUCAUUCCCAAGUCUCGCUUUUUCAAUCCCGGCCCAUUCAAUAUCAAGGAGCACGUGUUGAUCACUGUGAUGGCCAACUGCAGUUAUGGUACAGCUUACGCUAUUGAUAUCAUCACCAUCCAAAAGCUGUGGUACGGUCAAGACAUUGGAUGGGGUGGCGGUAUCAUGCUUAUUUGGACCACACAGUUUAUUGGAUAUGGUAUGGCAGGUGUCCUCCGCAAAUUCCUAGUAUACCCUCCAUCCAUGGUAUGGCCUAAUAACCUUGCCAACAUCUCGCUGUUCCGAUCAUUCCAUAUUGCUGAUACCAAUUGGACCGGUCCUACUCGUAUGAGAUGGUUCGUUUACUGCUUUACUGCCAUGUUCAUUUACUAUUGGCUACCUGGUUACUUUUUCCAAAUCCUUACCUUCUUCUCAUGGGCAUGCUGGAUCAAGCCUACCAAUCGUACUCUUGCACAACUCACUGGUGGUUACAGUGGCCUUGGCAUGUUUGCUCUUUCAUUCGAUUGGGCUACCAUUGUAUCAUACCUUCAAUCACCCUUGGUUGUGCCUUGGUGGGCUAUUGCCAAUGUCACUGUCGGCUUUGUCUUUAUUGCAUGGAUCCUUGUGCCAGCUAUUUACUACACCAAUGUAUGGGACGCACAGAAAUUCCCGAUUCUCACAGCAACAUUAUUUACCAAGGAUGGCGAGCUAUGGGAUAAUUCACUAGUGCUGACACCCGAAAGAACAUUGAAUGAGACAGCCUAUGCCGAAUAUGGACCCCUCUACAUGGCCAGCUUCUUCACCAUCACCUAUGGCAUUGGAUUUGCGGGCUUGACUGCUGUUCUCACACACACUGCUUUAUACCACGGCAAGGACAUCUAUACCCAAUACAAGCGCUCCCGUGAAGAAGAUAUGGAUAUCCAUGGUCGCCUUAUGAGAGCUUACCCAGAGGUGCCUCACUGGUGGUACAUUGGCAUCUUCCUUAUUUCAUUUGGUUUAUCAUUUGCAACCAUCUAUGUUUGGCCUCUUCAAUUGCCGUGGUGGGGUAUCUUCCUUGCUGUUGCUCUAUGCGUGAUCUUUGUAUUGCCCAUUGGUAUCAUUCAAGCUAUUGCAAAUCAACAACCUGGUCUCAACAUUAUCACCGAAUUUAUCAUUGGUUACAUCCUUCCCGGCCAACCCAUUGCUAAUGUCACGUUCAAGACUUAUGGCUACAUUAGCAUGACCCAGUGCUUAGUCUUUGUGGGUGAUCUCAAGCUUGGCCACUACCUAAAGAUCCCACCUAGAAUGAUGUUUACGGUACAAUGUUUAGGAACUCUUAUUGCCGGCUUGAUGAAUUUGGUCACAGCACGUUGGUUGAUGGAAACGGUGCCAAACAUCUGUACAAAUGAAGCAUACCCAUUCACCUGCCCAUCAGCCCACACCUUUUACUCUGCAUCCAUUAUCUGGGGUGUUAUUUCACCAAAAAAGAUGUUUGGAGAGGAAUCGAUCUACCAUCCCAUGCUUUACUUCUUCUUGAUCGGCUUCUUACUGCCCAUUCCCUUCUGGUUGGCGCAUAAAAAGUGGCCACACAUCAAAUGGCUCAAGUACGUCCAUUUGCCGGUCAUUCUCAACUCCACGGGUAUGAUGCCACCCGCUGUACCACUCAAUUUCUCGGCAUGGUGUGCUGCUGGUUUCGUCUUUAUGUUCUACUUGCGUCGCUACAAGCAUGAUUGGUGGGCCAAGUAUAAUUACAUCACGUCAGCUGGUUUUGAUUGUGCCGUUGCUAUAGCAAGUAUUGUCAUAUUUGGUGUAGUGAUGGGAUCUGGAUACACUCCUGACUGGUGGGGCAACGGUGGACAAGGCCCCAACGGCAUGUUUGAUAAUUGUCCUCUUUCUUCUGCCAAUGCAUCCAACAUUUGUGCCGAGUGCUGA